AUGUCUGAACCAUCCGCCAAAUCACCGACGGAUUCGCAUGCCCCGCUCCCUGCUGAGGUAGGAUACUCGACCGCACGACCUGAACGACGAGCCAGCAACCUUUGGAUGUGGAAUGACAAUCCCUCCGAAGCCUCCAUAGCUCGACGACAGCCCCCUCAAGCAGCCUCUUCUGUCGCCUCGCCGUCCACCGAUCACAUGUCACAGCUUAGUCCCGGGGCUACAGAUCGUGUGUUUCCUAUCCGAAGCAUCGUAUCCGUCGACCCAACACCACCUCCCGGCCGUGCUCCGACUGCUCAGAGCGACUACUUCCAACAGUUCUCGAGGAGCUCUAUCGAUGCUGCUCGCCGUCGACAGUCGGCGGGCUCAGAUACCUCUCAUUCGUCGACUGCCUCACAGAGGGGUAUCACCAACAAACCGAAGCCGAGCGAUCCAGAUGCGACACCCAAAGCAGAACAGGCGCCUCCGGAACAGCCUCCGCAACCUCCCUUGAAGUCAUCGAUGAAACCCGCAAGAGAGCCGGCGAGAAUGGCACCGCCUCGACUCCCUGCUCAGCUCUUCAGUGACAUCCAAUCGAACAAAUCUGGCGAGAGCGAUGGUACAAGCCGGACAGGGUCUUUAUUAACGGAUAAAGACAAGCAGUCUACUGCCAGUCGGAGCGCUUCGAUCAUGAGUGGCACGAGUGGCCAUAGCGGGGGAGUCGAAGAAGGGUUGAUGACAGCCCGAUUCAAGCACAUAAUUACCGAGGGAGGCCACGCGGUUAUUACUGGGAGAGAUGGCGAUACUUUGCAGCGCUGCGAGGACGAACCCAUACACAUUCCAGGUGCUGUGCAAGGCUUCGGCCUCCUGGUCGCACUCCAGGAAGACACCAACAACUCCGGUUGUCUCCCGGUCAGGAUUGUGAGCGAAAACUCAAAGCGGAUAAUCGGACGGUCGCCCAAGGAGCUUUUUGCGCUCGAGAGCUUCACCGAUAUACUUUCAGAAGAGCAAGCCGACAAUCUACUAGACCACAUCGAUUUCAUCAAAGACGAAGACGCUGAUGUGGCAACAAACGGGCCUGAAGUCUUCACCAUCUCUAUCAGGUCUGUCAGCGGGCGGUCUCGCAAAUUAUGGUGCGCUAUACACGUAAAUACCUCGAAUCCUGGGCUCAUCAUUUGCGAAUUUGAACUCGAGGAUGAUGCAAUAAAUCCAUUAGUGCCACUGAACGAUACGACACCCGAACUACCGGAGGACACUUUGAAUAGCGAACCGACUCCAGAAGAAUAUGCCGAGAGCACAGAGGCCAAAAAUCGGCCGCUGCGAGUUCUACGGAGCGCCAGAAAGCGAAAGGGAGAGGCAGCAGCCAUGGAAGUGUUCAAUAUAAUGUCUCAGGUUCAGGAACAGCUUGCCAAUGCUCCGAAUCUAGAAAAGUUCCUCAAAGUUCUUGUGGGAGUAGUGAAGGAGCUAACAGGGUUUCAUCGGGUAAUGAUUUAUCAAUUCGAUGCGGCAUUCAAUGGGCGCGUUGUAACCGAGUUGGUGGACCCCCGUGCAACGAAGGAUCUGUACAAAGGUCUCCAUUUUCCUGCAACCGACAUACCAAAGCAAGCACGAGAAUUGUACAAAAUCAAUCGUGUUCGAAUGCUAUAUGACCGAGAUCAAGAGACAGCGCGUCUCGUAUGCCGAACGGUAGAAGACCUUGAAACUCCCCUAGAUUUGACUUAUUCCUAUCUUCGUGCCAUGUCGCCGAUCCAUCUGAAAUACUUAGGCAACAUGGCCGUGCGGUCGUCUAUGUCCAUAUCGAUCAAUGCUUUCAAUGAAUUAUGGGGUCUCAUUGCAUGCCAUUCCUACGGCGCAAAUGGUAUGCGAGUCUCAUUCCCUAUCCGCAAAAUGUGUCGCCUUGUGGGAGACUCAGCUUCUCGGAAUAUUGAGCGACUUUCGUAUGCUUCCCGAUUACAAGCUCGAAAACUCAUCAACACGGUGCCCACGCAACACAACCCUUCUGGCUAUAUUAUUGCGUCGUCUGAUGACCUUCUAAAGCUAUUCGACGCUGAUUUUGGUCUGCUAUCAAUUCGAGACGAGACAAAGAUCCUAGGAGAUCUAGAGCAGUCACAGGAGGCUCUGGCUAUGCUGGAAUACUUACGUAUGCGAAGGAUCACAUCAGUCAUGACUUCACAGGAUAUCACACAGGACUUUCCCGACUUGAGAUACGCUCCAGGAUUCUUAGUCAUUGCAGGCAUGCUGAUAGUACCCCUAUCGGUUGGUGGGCAAGACUUCAUCGUCUUUUUCCGAAAAGGUCAACUCAGAGAAGUCAAGUGGGCAGGCAACCCUUACGAAAAGUACAUCAAAGAAGGCACUGAAGGAUAUCUCGAGCCUAGAAAGAGUUUCAAAACUUGGAGUGAGACUGUGGUGGGCAAAUGCCGAGAGUGGACCGAAGAGGAAAUCGAGACGGCUGCUGUACUGUGCCUGGUGUAUGGCAAGUUCAUUGAGGUCUGGCGACAGAAAGAAGCAGCAUUGCAAAGCAGCCAACUUACACGCCUAUUACUGGCGAAUUCCGCACACGAAGUCCGGACCCCGUUGAAUGCCAUCAUCAAUUAUCUCGAAAUUGCUCUCGAAGGCGCGAUCGACCAGGAGACUCGCGACAACUUGGCAAAGUCUCAUUCUGCGUCGAAAUCGUUAAUCUAUGUUAUCAACGACUUACUAGACUUAACCAAGACGGAAGAGGGAGCCGAACUCAUCAAAGGCGAAGUGUUUGAUCUUAGGGCUACGCUACGAGAAGCGACCGAUAUGUUUGUUGGCGAUGCUCGUCGCAAGCACAUCGCAUAUGACGUCGUGGAGCAUCCUGGUGUCCCGAAAAAAGUAAUCGGCGACCAACGAAAAGUCCGCCAAGCAAUCUCGAACAUCACAGCGAACGCUAUCCAGCAUACAAACAAAGGAGGAAUCAAGGUCGAAAUGUACGCCACAGCGUGGCAAAGCGAUCAUGUUGAUAUCGAAAUAAUUUGUGAGGACACUGGAGCGGGAAUGAGUCCUAAUCAGGUCGAUUCAAUUUUCCGUGACUUGGAGCAAGUUCAAUCCGAGAGUACCGCCAUGUUGGAAGAGACUUUAGCCCCAUCCGCAAAAACGCCAGAAGAUGGCAAGAACUCGAAAAGAACUCUCGGGCUCGGACUGGCAGUCGUCGCUCGUACUGUGCGGAACAUGAAUGGUCAACUGCGCCUCAAAUCUGAGGAAGGCAAAGGAUCUCGAUUCAUCAUUCAAUUUCCCUUUGACCUGCCGGACAGUGAGGUUUCAGACGGGAAUUCGCAGAACUCGCAGAAUUCACGGGGCUCGCAGAUCACGCCAGAAGGCUCAAUUACGCCGCAACCUGAGAAGUCAGACGCCCCUGAAGUCACACUUGUGGCGCCAGACAUGGCAAGAAGGGAUUCAGCGAGUGGAAGAAUGGUGAGACCAGCAAGCGCUGAAAGUUUGAAUAGCAAGAACAGCUUGCGUAGUUUCAAGAGUGGGUCGAGCGGCAAGAGCGGCAAGAGCGGCAAGAGCAACAUGAGCGAUGUCGAUAGAUUAAUCGAGGCUAUCCAGGAGCCACACUUUGUAGAAAAACGGCCCAAGACCGGGGAGCGGAGUUUCAACACACGUUCUCCCCAACGGCCAAAGCUUCAGAAACGGAACAGCUAUGACAUGAGCCAAUGGUCUUCACCAACACUAUCUCGUUCUCGCAGCCUCGAAUUUUCUACUAAAGACAUUGUUCCGCCACAUCAAAGAGAGAUAAUUACAAGCAAGCCGGGGGAAGCGCUGCUUCCGGACUCCGUAUCUUUGGUCAAGGCAAUUAAAAUACCGGACGAGGCUGGCUCCCUAAUACAGGAGAGAAGAUCGGGCUCGAUUCUCGGAGAGAUUGAAGGUGGUCAAAGUACUCAGCAUACAUCCGCUAACAUGCACGUCCUUGUGGCUGAGGACGAUCCUGUGAAUAGCAAGAUCGUGAAGAAGAGGCUUGAGAAGCUCGGACACGUGACGUAUCUUACCAUCAAUGGAGAAGAAUGUGCAAGUGCCUUCGGCGACAGACCGAGCGACUAUGAUGGCAUUUUGAUGGAUAUGCAGAUGCCCAUUGUCGACGGCCUGACCUCCACCAAGAUGAUACGUUCUUUCGAGAAAACGCAUGCUACCGAUAUACUGUCCAGGCGGGCUUCACUAAAUGGUCGCAUACCAAUCAUCGCAGUCUCGGCUUCGCUCAUCGAGAAAGACCGCCAGAUAUACAUCGACGCUGGAUUUGACGGCUGGAUCUUAAAGCCCAUAUCUUUUGCACGGCUCAGCGAGCUCAUGGAGGGUAUUGUGAACAAAGAAGCUCGAGCAGCGUCGGUGUACCGACCCGGCGAAUGGGAGAAGGGAGGCUGGUUUCAAGAAGCGCAGCCAGAUGUCUAUGCCGCACGCACUGAACCCUCCGGGCACAUACCGCCGAGCAAGCCUUCUGAGCCUGUUAAGAUCGCAGCAGCUGCAGACGAUCCCAUGGCCGGUGAUGUCGGUGGAGUGCAGUCCAAGGAGCAGAAACGUCUCCUCGAUGAGCAGGAAAUUGCAGCAGCCAAGCGGGGCAAGAGCCAGUCUGCCCCCGAACCGAGCUCUGGUAAACGCGUCCACUACACAGAAGAGAAUGGCGAUUAUGAAGAGGAACAGCGGGUGCUGACGCAAGAAGCUGUUGCCUCUCCCGAUCCGCUCUAG